AUGGCCAUCCCAUCACUUGAAGCUCUGGUUUACGGUACCACACUCUUUAAUCCUCGCCCUCACUUCUCGUCGUCCCCCAACGUAAAAAAGCUUCGAGCAAGCGACAUCAUCUGGCACCAGGACGCAAUGGCUCGUCUGGAACGGGUACUCGAGAGAUUGUUUGGUGGUGAAAUACCAGUCAUUGAACUAGAGGAGACGAUCAUAGCACAUCCCCAAGAACAUCCCCCGCGUUCUGGUUCUGAGGAAAAGGGCGAUUGGAAUCUUGCUCGCCGUGGUAUGCCUGUAGAAAUACCCUUCACUUGCUUCACUCUCGGCAUGCCACGCGCGUAUGGCCCUACGUCGUUUGCUGUCUGGAACAGCGGAUGGGAGCGCUUUGAGAUUGCGAUGUGGAUGAGCAAGAUCGUGGCUAAACCAUCACCUAUCCUCAUGCUCACCGCAGUUGGUCAUUUCCUCGAUUCAUAUUCCACAAUUCCGGGAGUACGCAUCGGGAGCGACUUGCGUGCUUAUCAACGCUCCUUGCCUGUCACCCAUCGGCUGGCCGUCUUGAGUUUUGUGGGGAUGGGAAGGGGAUGGUUUUACGCUCUGGUGUUCAUCUACGGUGAAGAGAAUGGAGAUGAGCCAGCUGUGACUGAGAAGGUGGGUAUUCUCAGGGUACCACUCGAGCUAGUCGGCCCUUCUGUCAUCAACCCCGAGUACGAGGACGAGUUGGAUCUGGUGUCGAAGAAGAACGAUUGGACGUACUUUGACGAGGAAAGGAAUGUGGAUCUCAUGCUUGCCCUCCCCAGUACACACCCAUGUCCUGCAUGGGAGAUCGAUCUGUACGACCCACCAACUAACGCCAGGCUCAGUCACCGCCUACGUGUUGAGGGAGGGGAGAUGCUGUCACGGCGUAUCAGUGCAUGA